AUGGCAGAUGUCUCUGAUCCCAUCAUUCGUGAAACUUAUGACGAAGUAAGAGACGAUAGAAGUGACGUUAGUUGGAUGAUACUUCAAUACGAAAACGAUCGUUCCGACAAACUAAUUCUCUAUGCCAAAGGACCGGGCGGUCUAUCACAAUUAGCAGAACAUCUGUCAGAGGAUCAAGCUGCAUUCGCGUAUUGUCGUGUCAACGUGUCAAAUGAUGAAUUGUCGGUGAGAACGAAGUUUAUAUUUAUCACCUGGAUAGGAAGCGAAGUGAAGAUUAUGAGGAAAGCGAAAUUAUCGGUUCAUGUCAGUGAUGUGAAAAAAAUUUUACAGGCUUAUGCUAUCGAAAUAACUGCACAUGAAAAAUCCGAUUUCAAUGAACCAGAAAUACUUAAUAAGCUGAGGCGAGCAGGAGGCGCAAAUUAUGAUCGAGGAUCUCAUAAUUACUAA